UCAUUAGAGCCUCUAACCUGACUGUGGUGUACUUUUCGUUUCACAGGGAGGAGUCAGGCGGUAGUUUCUUUAUUAAAGUGACAUGUUUAUUGAAUUAUCAGUAAUUUUACCACAUGUAUCGCACCAUGUAUCCAUAAUGUAGUCUGUGUGUGUUCUCCACGUGAAGCUAUUGAUCAGUAACCCGAUAAUUUUCGAUAAAAGAUCGAAGGAAACUGACGGAACAGGAAGGCGGAACAAGAUCACAGAGCUGCAGACUUGAGUCAAAACAAACACCAAAACACAGUCCAUAGCAAAAACUCUGCACUGGUUGUUUACACAACCUUUUGACUGCCUCCAUUUCAACAGUAAAUAAUUCACCAGAAGCAUUCAAACAAAUCACCAGCCGCCACCAACACAUGCAGCCAUGUCCCUGGCCCUGAAACAAGUCUUCAACAAAGACAGGACAUUCCGGCCCAAGCGCAAGUUUGAGCCUGGGACACAGCGCUUCGAGCUGCACAAGAAGGCCCAGGCGUCUCUGAACGCGGGGCUGGACCUGAAGCAGGCCGUGCAGCUGCCCCACGGCGAGGACCUCAACGACUGGGUGGCCGUCCACGUGGUCGACUUCUUUAACCGCAUCAACCUCAUCUACGGCACCAUCAGCGACUCCUGCACCGAUCAAACCUGCCCCGUCAUGUCUGGCGGGCCCAAGUAUGAAUACCGCUGGCAGGAUGAGCACAAGUACAAGAGGCCAACAGCGCUGUCGGCCCCCAAAUACAUGAGUCUGCUCAUGGAUUGGAUUGAGGUACAGAUCAACAAUGAGAACAUCUUCCCCACCAACGUCGGUACUCCCUUCCCUAAGACCUUCAUGCAGGUGGCUAAGAAGAUUUUGUCACGUCUGUUCCGGGUGUUUGUCCACGUCUACAUCCACCACUUUGACCGUGUGAGCCAGAUGGGGGCAGAGGCUCACGUCAAUACCUGCUACAAGCAUUUCUAUUACUUUGUUACUGAGUUCAACCUGACGGACCACAAAGAGCUGGAGCCUCUGAAAGAGAUGACCUCCCGGAUGUGCCACUGAGGCAGCACAGCAGACCUGUGGACACACGCCGGAUGAACGCAUCCGUCCAUCUAGAAGACUGCAGCAGAGAACUAAAAGAACAAACGAAUUCAGAAAAAGAGUCUAUUUUUAUAUUUAAGUACUGUAAUCUAUUUUAGCCACAUACUGUAGGUUUUAACCAAGAACCUUGUCAUGUGAGGCGUUCCUGUUCCUUUUAAAAAGUUUUCAAACAUUUUAUCAGAGCACAGUAUUAAGAGGUGUAUGUUUGUGUUAAUGUUUUUUGUUUUUCUAUUUUAUUUGAAUCUCAAUCAUUCCAGGAUGCUUCCUACUUUCCUUCUGUUAAAAAUGAUCUAAAAUUAGUACGAUUUCUUACUGUACAUCUAUAAAAUCACCAUGUUGUUACAUUAAAAAUGAUUCUCUACUCUGUUAUAA